CUGUCGCCCGACGGGUCAGUAUGACGCGGGGAGUGGGCUUGUCGAGCCGCUAGAGCAUGCAGGAUCCUGCCCUGCUUUCAGCUAUCAGAGCAGCGCUCAGGAAUGAAGGACUGCGUGUCUGAAACAGGACCUAUCUCCAGAGAAAUAACCGCAUAGAUCAGGGGGGAUCAGAUAAUUGAUAUAGUAAGAAAACAAGCCCGCUGGUUUGACUGUCAGUGCGCGGGAAUGGCAGCUCGCAGACCGAUAAAAGGCAUCCUGAAAAACAAGAACAGCACAAACGUCAGGUCGCUGUCCGACGAGGGACCAGGGGAGAUCGCUGAGCCUGCCCCGGUACUCUCGGAAGAUGACCAACAGAAGAAAUCCCAGAAAUGGGAUGAGAUGAACAUUCUGGCAACGUACCAUCCUGCGGACAAAGAUUAUGGCCUAAUGAAGAUAGAUGAACCGAGUACACCUUACAACAGGAUGGUUGGGGAUGAUGAUGAUGAGGGUGCGCUUAGUGACUCGGAUGGUCACGGUGGACUCGCACCUGAUGACCUGGCAUCAAAGUUGGUGGCAGCCGAGAGCUCAGAACCACGUUUCAUGAGAGAAGAGGAAGAUGAGGAGGAGGAGGAGGAAAGCAGCGAGGAGGAAGAGGAGCUGACUCAAGAAGAACAAGCCAAAAAGAAGCAUUUUCAGAUGAUGAGGAAGAUGCACUACAACGAGGGUCUGAACAUAAAGCUGGCCCGCCAACUCAUUGCCAGUGAGCUUGAAGAUGAUGAGGAUGAAGAGAUGAGGGAUGACACAGAGGACCAAAGGGAGGACACAGAGGAGACGGAGGAAAUCAGUGUAGACCCGCCCCAGGAUGCUGAUUCUCUGGACUCGUAGAUGAGCUCCGUUUCCCACCUUAAGCCCCGUUUGUCAGCUCAACAUCACGACAGACGUUGCCACCGAGCUCUGUGUUAACGAUGCUGAGCCAUACCGCAAAUACCACUUCGUUAUGUAUGUAACAAUCUUUAAACAGCCGAUAAUUUCCCGGUCGCCUGUGCAUCUCCAUGUGCUCCACAGAGUUAUGUAAAGCAACAUUCAACAACACCCGUUUUUCAACAUCAGGAGCCGGUACAACAUAGAGACUGUUGCUUGUCCCUCUUCCCCCAUCUGUUGCAAGAACUCCCACCUUUUUCGGACUGGCAUUGCACUGAAGAAUACAUGACUAUGACUUUAAAAGGAGGAUCAACACCUUUUUGAAAAGAAAGGGGGAAAAAAAAAAACUAACUUGAACAACAAAGACUCCCAUCUGGCUGAAUCAGCAGGUCAGCUCUGGAAGAAGCAAGGGGAAACUGUGCGGCCUCGCUAAAGGCAGAACAAAAACAUGACAACAACAUUUUUACUUGCUGUGGCUGCACCUCAGAUGUUUUUGUUUUUUUCCUUUUUGCCACCAGUGGGAUACAUUUUAUUUCCAAUAAAAGCUGUGAUAAAUGUUGACAAUAUGACCACCGGUUUCAGUUGUUGGUGUUUUCAUCCUGCAACUUGACUUCACUACAUAUUGGCAUGUUAUAGUUAUGUUCACAUUAUAUACGUAGCCCUGAAUGCUAUAUUACUAAAUGAAAUUAAUAAUUGAGGCCUUACACGCAAAAAUAUUUUACAGUGACGGGUGUACGCCGCAGCACGUGGUCCUUAAAUUGGGUAGAGGUGAAUGGACAACUGCAGGGGGAACAUUUGUGUUAAAAAGAUUUAAGGGGUUCUUUUAUUUCAAUUCAAUUUAGGUAAUUUUAUUAAAAUGUUCAACAGUUCAUUUUGAUAAAUAAAAAAUUGGGGGUGUAUAAUUGUAUAUCAGCUGUUCAGUGGGGAGAGAAACAGAAAUUUUGCAAACAGUCUUUAUCUCCAAAUUUGUAUUUAAUUUCUCUCUUAACUAGAACGCCACAGCCAAUCAUUUCCUAUUUCCAGAUGAAUAUACCUCAGAAAACCCGACUCGAGGUCUUAUCAACUCAAAUCUACUGAUAAAUUUGGCAGGAAGUGUGUUGGGCCAAAAUUUAACGUAGAAAAGAAAAAGAUUUAAGUGUGUUUUUUUUUCUUUCAUCUUAAUCCUAGUAUAUAAGAUUAUUUUGUGAAAGACGAGCACAGGCCAAUCCGGUCAGUGUUCAGAGUUUUCCUGACCAGAGUAAGGCAACUGUGUUAUGAUGUAUUUAGUUUUUAAAAGUUUGUAGGAGGUACAAUAUCGAAGUGUCGCUGCUGAGGUUUAGCGUGUGCUACUGAUUAACAGGACAAUGUCUUGUAGACAAAAUCUCCUGACUUUAUCAAGUUACAGCUUUAAGGAUCUUAUGUUAAGGAUCUUAAUAAUAAGUCGUUUGACAUCCCAUCUGAGCUUGGCGAGCCUGAAUGUGUAAGUUGUCUGGAGGAAGGUUAGAAGGAUGUCAUCACCUGGCUUCAUUACUGUUUUUAAUGCUGUCUGAUCUACUUGACUGAUUUUACAAGAACGUCACGAUAAGAAGUCAUUGAAUUCGUUGUCAUUGCUACUGAAUGUGUUAAAGGGGAUAUUAAAGUUGGAGUUAAACCACUGAAGCUAACUAGAGGGCGUUUCGAGGGGUUUGGGGUUCUGAAAGGUGUCGAGAGUCACUACGAUUUAUGGCAUGAAAAGUGUGUCUUGUGUUGUGAUCUCUUUAUUUUCAUUUUACCCUUUAAUCCUCCACUGUGUUCAGAAGUGGUGAGCUUUAUAUUGUUGAAAGACUAAAGAUCACAAUCAACAGCGGGACUUCUGCCAACACCCCUUUACAAUGUUUCUUCCCUGUAGUUGAGGAUGUGGUGGCUUUUUGUCUCCGUCAAUUGAAGGAAACUCCUAUUAACCAACAAAGACAGUGUUGUAAGUAGACAAACAUCAAAGCGGUCAACUGUGCCAGAAUUGUUUUUCAGAAAUGGAAAUGUAUAUGCAUAUACAGGCUUCUGACCAAUAUUAUGUUUUAAACAAUUAUCUGUUAAGGGACUGAAAAGGAGACUGCAGAGAAGUUGAGAUGGUUGAUUUAUCUUCUCACACAGAAUAAAAGGAGAAAAAGCUAAACAGGACUGACGUUAUCACCCUGUAGGUGGUUAUUACCUGUCGAAUGUGCCUCUAAUGUAUUUAUGUACAUGUGUGUAAAAUAACCAGGCUCCAUGAUACUUUUCAGCAGUUUUUUGCCUCUUGUCUUGAUUUUUAUUUUCAAUCAUUUCUAUCCUCUGAGUUGUUUUGUAAGUAUGACAGACUUUUAAGCAGCCCUCAAGAUUAUUUUCAAUGUCUGUCUCCGCCAUGUUUUCUUUCUUUGUAUUCCCCGUUUGCAUGUUCUUUCAUCAUAAGAUUGUGUGUAUUGUUUUGCUUUUGUCUCCUAUCAUUAAACAGAUGUUGAUAGA